UGGAGUGGUGUCAUAUGACAAAUGAUAAUUUCAGGGGGCGUUGCCGUACUAAGCUUCAGCCAGCCAAUUCAGUGUUAAAACAGGGACGAUCGAGCCAUGUUCUUGCAAGUAAUCCCUCUAAUGUUUCUCAGCAUACUUCAUGCCUCGUAUUCGCAAGAUUGCGUAAUGUUGCCUACAAAAGAAGAUGCAUGGGAUAAAAAACUGCACACGGAUAGAAUGGCAAAUUAUCGAUUGAGGCAACCGCCACGAAACCAGUCUUGUGUUCCCGUCAAAGUGCAUUUCCAAUUGAAGACAUUCGCCUUUGACGAAUAUGCAGACAGAUUCACAGUUAAAAUGUGGACUCGCAUGAUUUGGAGAGAUGAACGCCUGACUUGGUCGCCUGAAGAGUACGGAGGAAUCAACAAGAUGGUCGUGCUCGCUACUGAUAUUUGGACCCCAUCAUUGAAACUACUUAACAGCGUCGAUCCGGACUACUUUAAUAUGGAUAUAGAAGAAUGCCUCGUCCACAAUAAUGGGGAAGUUAUGUGUGUCCCUGAACAAAUUUACGAAUCAUUCUGCAUUGCUAAAUUGAGAGAUUGGCCGUUUGAUGUACAGAAUUGUACCCUUCAGUUUGGAGAUGGUGAUAGACUUUCCACUUCCAGAUUUCGCUUUAAAGGAAAAGGUAUUACGCUUGGCUUUGCCGAAUAUGGCAAUGGUUGGAACAUUAUGCAAAAGGAUUUGAAGGUGGAUCCGGAUUCAGACGUACAGUUAUCGUUUACUUUAACAAUGGAAAGACAGGCGUCCGGUUUAGUAGCUGUUUUGGUUGGCCCUUGUUUCAUUCUCAGUAUACUGACUACGACAUCUAUUUUAAUGAAUGUAAACGGUUAUAUCCGCUUGGGAUUUUCGUGUUUUAGUCUCAUAAGUCAUUUUACAUUCUUGUUCUUUAUUGACGAGUUUCUACCAAAGCACAGUGGCGAUACCCCUGUUAUAUUAUUCUUCGUUCGUGACUCUAUCAUCAUGACCAUAACUUCUGUACUAUUUACAUUUGUUUUAAGCAAAAUUGUAAAAAGAAAAACCGUGCCAUUUGAAUGGGUAUCUUUAGUAUCAAAUAAAGUGUUUUUUAGUUUUGGUCAAUACUUGAUUUUACCAAGAUGGAGAUUGGAGGCUGAUUCUAAAGAUACUAAUGUGAAAAAUAAAGAGAUUUGGGUAAAUAUGGCUAAUAUUUUAAACAGUGUUUAUUUGGUUGUAGUUAUUAUUGUUUAUAUAAUUUUGUUUAGAUCUUAUAUGCCUAAACAACCAGCAGCUCAAUACUGAUUGUAAAAUAAGGAAUAAA